AUGGCUCAAGUUUCGGACGAGCCUCCCAAUGAUACAAAUUCGAGGGAUGGUUUUCAUCCGAGGGAUGUGAAGACUGACGGGGAUAAAGAUGAACAAAUCGAAGCAAUUCCUCGAGACUUGAAAGGAUACAAGUGGAUCGUCUGUGUUCUCGCCAUAUUCUCUUCCGUCUUCCUAUACGCCCUCGACAAUACCAUCGUCGCCACGAUUCAGCCCGCGAUCAUUCAAAGUUUGGGCGAGCUGGAGAAGUUGUCGUGGGUCUCGGUGGCAUAUCAAGUGACAUCUGUCGCAUCCGAUUUGACCUGGGGCAAGCUCUACGGCAAAUUCAAUGGCAAGACACUGUUUCUCGCCUCCGUCCUCAUUUUCGAAAUUGGCUCUGCUAUCUGCGGCGCCGCGCCAACCGUGGAUUCAGAGAUCAUUGGCAGAGCCAUCUGCGGCGUUGGCGGCAUCGGCAUCUACAUGGGUGCCCUCAAUAUCCUGGCGGUCAUGACCACCAGCGCCGAGCGACCGGUGUACAUCAGCUUGAUGGGCAUCUGCUGGGGCUCGGGUACCGUCCUCGGACCGAUCAUCGGAGGCGCCUUCACGGACAGCUCGGCGACAUGGCGCUGGUCGUUUUACAUCAACUUGGUCAUCGGAGUGGUCGUCGCGCCCGCCUUUUUUCUCUUGCUUCCGUCUACAAACGGUCAUCUGCGCGAGAGCAGCUUCUUCGCUCGGGUGAAGACGAUAGAUUGGGUUGGUACUAUCGUCAUCUCUGGCGCGGUGGUAUCCGGUGUGAUGGGAAUCAGUUUUGGGGGUGUGCUCUAUCCGUGGAACAGUGGAUUCAUUAUUGGAUGUUUUGUCUGUUCCGGCGUUUUGUGGAUUCUGUUCGGCUUUCAACAGGUCUAUUGUAUCUUCACGACGGAGGAAGAUAGGAUAUUCCCCUGUGAUAUCGUCCUCAAUUGGGAGGCCAGCAGGCUUUUUGCUCACACCGCCGGAGGGCUCGGCGCGAGUGUUGUGACGAUAUAUUUCAUAGCGCUCUUCUUUCAAUUCGUUCAGCACGAAAGGACCCUCGAAGCCGGAGUCAGGUUGCUGCCGAUGAUGUUCCUUAUGAUUGCCGCCAGCAUUUUCACAGGGACUUGCCUGAGCAGAGGAUCCUGGUUCAUGCCCUUCGCACUAUGUGGGGGAGGACUGGUCCUCAUUGGCAGUGUCCUCAUGUUCACUUUGGUUCGAGCGGACACGAGUGCCUCAUACGUCUAUGGCUUUAGUGUAUUGAUCGGUCUCGGAGCUGGGCUGUACACCCAGGGCUCGAUCUCCGUCGUGCAGUCCCUCUUCCCAGCAAGCCGGAUUUCAGACGCUACCGCUUUUAUCGGAUUUGGUCAAGUUCUGGGGAUUGCCAUCAUGCUUGCCGUCGCGAACGCCAUUUUUCUCAACAAAGCGUUAAAUGGGAUUCAAAGUCUUUUGCCGGAAGCGCCAUUCUCAGAGGUACAAUCUGCGAUCCUGGGGUGCACUGUCAGAGCGAGUAUAGAUGCAGUGGUCGUUGAUGCCAUCAACAAUGCAUACAUACUCGUCAUGGUGGCCGGAGCAUUAACGAUUGUGUUGGCACCGUGCAUGAGACGUCACGCAAACCCGUGA